CUCUCACUGUGGUGCACGGGGCCCCGGGAACUGGAAAAACGUUUUUGGCCCAAAAACUGCCGCUUCUUUUGCACUUGGGGAAUCAUUGUCAUUCGUAUGCACAUUGUAUGAAGGAUUCAACGCGUGGCUCUGCUACAACAAGUGCUACAACGAGAGUGCUCCUUCUAGCGGCAGACUGUGGAAGAGCCGAAAGAAUACGACAUGACUUGGAGAAAGCUGGAUUUUUAGAAGGGGGCUUGGAAUUUUCGG